AGCGCUAAUGCAUGUGUGCCUAAAACAAUACUAAGACAAUAUGUGGUGGAACUGGUACUUGUAGAUUAUCGAGUGACUGUACCAGCAGUGAAAUUACGUAAAACAUGCAGACUUCGCUUACGUGUUUUCUUCAUACCCUUCUUCUUGCUACAUACAUCCCGUAUCGCCUCCUCGAUUCGGUGCCCUGAUACCGAGGUGAGGAACACUUGGUUCUUACCGAAAGGUCAUGUGCUUUGUGUGCCUAUCCAUAGUUAUUUGUUGCACUCCGUCAAGCGUUACUUGCCAAGGUUGCAUCUCUGCAUUACACCCUAUAUCACUGUGUUUUGGUGAACACGUAGUUCGAUGCCGUGCAGGCAGUGGCGAGCACUAGCAUUGCCCUUGUUCGAAUCAGACAUUCGCGCGCGCAGGUUCGGUAUUUCCCGAAGUCGGUCUCGGCGCCCAUUUCGUUGGCAACGGUCAGAUGCCUCUAAGCACGGCUCCCGUGAAUGGCAGUAUUUCAGGAUUGCUCGAAAUUGCAGCGUCGAGUCUUAUCGUUGCGACGCUUACUGUCAGCGGUCUCACACAACUAUUAACAGGCGCCCAGAGCUCCUGGCAUCCUUUCCACCAGUUCAUUACUGUUGAGGACGUUGCUGCGGGAAGAGCGGAAGAAGCCGAGGAAAGAAUUAAACUUGCCCUUCUCGCCGGAAAGAAUCCCAAUGCCUUCGAAUCCCGCGUCGAGAGGCCUGCUGAAGUUGCCGAAGCUACUGAAUUCACUCCACCUCCUUCUCACCGUGACUGGCGAAAUAUCAUGCUCGCUGUUGUUGGCUUUGUUGAGGCGUUGUCACGAACAGCCGUCCUCAUUAACACCUUCACUGGGGCUGUUGGCGUCCGGUCGGUUUUUGUUUUGCUUUCUCCCAUACUAUUGCUUGUUGCCUGGAUAUACGGAUCACUCUUACCUAUCACGCGGCCGGUCUCGACUACUCCUUACACUCUACUUUUCAUUGAUCUCGCGUCUAUCCUAUCCGACUUCGCUGUGUUUUAUCCAGCGACAUCAGUCAAUUUUGAUUCGAUGUCACGGAGCCAACAAAUUGGGCUUGUCGCGCACAUCAUCGAUUUCUUCCUCACCGGAGUUUGCAUCGCUAUUGCAUUCUCCUUCCCCAUGCAUCUCAACGGGAAGCCAGAGGUGGAUGAGGAAGGCCUUAAACCAGCUUUGGAUGACUACGUCAAUCUUUGGCAGUGGGUGACAUUCAGUUGGAUGAAUCCUUUCAUUUCUAUUGGCAGGAAGGAUACAGUGGAGGAGCAUGAUGUGUGGCAACUCAGUCAUCUCCUGAGUUCUCGAAUCUUAAUGACCAAAUUCCGCCAUUUUCAUCGUAAAUCUCUUCUCCGGCGUAUCGUCGCCGCCAACUUCCUGGACCUUUUCCUGGAUUUCGCCCUUUCGGUUGUAUCGUCGACUUUGGGUAUCCUCCAACCGUACAUAUUGAGCCUGACACUGGCUGCUCUUCAAGCCGACGAAGUUUCCAUCGAUUCUUUCCCUUUUCACCAAGUCGCGCUUGCGAUGCCUUCUGCCGUAUACGUAUUACCGUCAGGCAUUCACUUUAUGAUUAUGGCACCUAUUAUCAGCAACUCACCAACCCAAAUAUCAUUUACACCCAUCUCCAAGAAUCGUCAACUCGCUUACUUUUAUGCCAUCGUUGCCUUCGUCUCUCAGCUUGUCAAAACCCAAAGUGAUCUUCAGCAUCUUUACUAUUCUCAUCGUGCCGAAAUAAGAACUUAUGGAGAACUUGUCGGUAGCAUCUAUGAGAAAGCGCUAAUGAGGACGGAUGUCAUGGGUGUUGUUGCAUCCGAUCUGAAAGGAAACGGUGGGAAGGUUACGGACGAUGCGCAGGAUGACGCUGUCGCGAGCGCUGACGUCGGGAAAGUUGUGUCGCUUGUUGAGACUGACUCACAACAUUGUGCGAGCGUCAUGACUUUCAUGGUCUACUGUUACGAAGCCCCAAUAAAUAUGAUCGGCUCGUGCAUUUUACUGCAAUCUUUGAUGGGAUGGACGGCAUUCAUUGGAUUCUUCACUUUCCUUCUUGUCCUCCCUGUGAAUUACAUCCUCAUGAAAACUAUGUUCAAUUUGCGCAAAACGCUUUUGGAUGUGCGUGACAAGCGAAUGAGGGAAAUGAACCAGGCAAUCCAGGCUAUCAAAUUUAUCAAAUUCUUUGCAUGGGAAGCCAAAUGGAUGGAAAGGAUUAUGGAUAUGCGUAAGCGAGAAGUGUUCUGGCUGCGCAAGUCCAAAAUCUUGGGAUUCUUCUUGACUUUCUUGUGGGAUGUGGUCCCGCUUGUUGUUUGCAUCAUUAGCUUCACAUUCUUCGUCCUUAUUGGCCAUGGCAAGCUGACAGUUGCCAUUGCCUUCCCUGCUCUCCAAGCUCUAUCAAUACUUACGGAAAGUUUGACCAUGAUCCCGAUGCUGAUGCAGUGGUUAGUCACUACAUAUGCCUCAUACAUUCGCAUCGACAAAUAUCUAAACGAAGAAGAAGUCCCAAAUUGGGUUUCUUGGCAAUCGGCAGUCCGCACUCAGGAGUAUGAUCCUCAUGCAUCCUUCGAUGACCGUGUUGGUUUCAAGGAUGGCUUCCUCCGAUGGGCAUCCCAUGACAAGGAAGAAGUGAAAGCUCCAAAACCUUCAUUUAUCAGUUGCUUCAGGAGCCUCUUCAAGUGUGCUCACAAGACUAAUGGUGCACCAAAUGCAAGGGUGGAUGACAUCAAUGAAGAGGAGCAGCAGCCGAAAGACUUUGAGCUUAGGGGCUUGAACAUCAUUUUUAAGCGUGGUCAACUAAACCUUGUUUGUGGGCCAACUGGCUCUGGGAAAAGCUCUUUGCUUUCGGCAUUGUUGGGAGAGAUGAAGUUGACAUCAGGGAAGGUAUUUCUGCCAAAAAUCCCAGCUAGGAUUGAUCCAGAGACAGGAAUACAUGAGGAUGUUAGCUAUUGUGCCCAACAGCCCUGGCUCCAACAUCAGUCCAUUCGGGAUAACAUAUUGUUUGGGUUGGCCUGUGAUGAGGAGCGCUAUCAAGCUGUGAUCAAGGCAUGUGCCCUAACAACUGAUCUUGCUCUGUUGGAUGAUGGAGAUGCAACUGAAAUCGGAGAAAAGGGUGUGUCCUUGAGUGGUGGACAGAAGGCCCGUGUAGCUCUUGCUCGUGCCGUGUAUGCACGCAGCAAGACCAUAAUCCUAGAUGAUGUCUUGAGUGCUGUUGAUUCCCAUACCGCUGAAAGGCUCAUUCAUGAGUGCCUUUGCGGUCCGCUUCUUGCCCAUCGCACCAUCAUCAUGGUUACACACCAUGUGGAUCUUAUUGUUGAUCUGGCAGCAUGGGUUGUGCAACUUGAGGAUGGGCUGGUAACUGCUCAGGAUACUCCAGAGAAUCUCAGAAAACAAAAGUUGCUGUCUGGGAUUCGGGAGAAGUUGAAGAGGCGGGCAGAACUUGAGACAGCGAUGAGUGUGCCUGCUGCCAAUGAUGACAUUGGCAAAGAUGGGCUGGAGAUGAAAAAUGGUUCAAGGAAUGGAACAACAAGGAAACUUGUUGAAAAGGAGCAGAAAGCGGAGGGACAUGUCAAGCUUAGAAUUUACCAUAUUUACCUAAAGGCAUCAUCAUACUGGUUGAUGUCACUCGAGGUUUUUCUGUUCCUUCUUAGAGCCUGUGGUGAAGUUUCGCAAAGGUUCUGGAUACGAUUUUGGGGUGAAAGCUACUAUCGUGAUGGCACCAACCCAGGAUUUCCUCGUUUUCCUCGGCCUCAGGAUGACGUUCUCCCAUACUUGCUUGGUUAUAUUGGUUUAGAGGUUGUUACUGGCACCUUUUCUAUUUGUGCCAGCAUUCCAAGCAUAUUCUCUUCGCUUCGUGCUUCCCACCGACUAUACCGGACAAUGCUUGUUUCCGUUCUCCAUGCUCCAAGUCGUUGGUUCGACAAGACACCAUCGGGUCGAAUCCUGAAUAGAUUCAGCAAAGACAUUGAUACCAUCGAUACUGGUCUGCAGUCUUACAUGACCGUUGUGAUUGAGUCCGUCCUUCGACUUCUACUAGGCAUCCUCACUAUCCUAUGGGGAGUUCCAACAUUUAUUGCACCUCUGGCGGUCAUCAGUGGGCUCAUGUAUUGGUUCACAUCGGGAUACAUUUCCGUCUCGCGCGACCUGCAGCGUAUUGAGUCGAACACUCGUUCACUAGUCAUAGCAUCUUUCUCCGAACUAAUCGCCAUUUCUACAAACAUCUCCCCUGGUAUGGUGGGUAUUGUGAUAUCUCAAGCACAAACCGUCAUUUGGGGGAUCUAUUGGCUUCUUCGCUUCUACACAGAAAUGGAACAGGCGCUCAACUCUGUGGAACGUGUCAGCGAAUACAUGGACAUACCAUCUGGUAGGCCUAGACCUUUUUGGAGGCUGACUGCAAUUAAAAUUAUCGCCCAAGAACCACCUGCUAUUCUGGAAAACAACCGACCUCCGGCGUACUGGCCAUCAAGCACCGGGGGAGUUACUGUAGAGAAUCUUGUUUUGAAGUAUUCGCCUGAACUUGACCCUGUGCUCAAUAAUAUUUCAUUUGAAGUCCGACCUUCUGAGAAGAUCGGUGUUGUUGGUAGAACUGGUAGUGGGAAGAGCACCCUUGCCCUUGCGUUCUUCCGUUUCGUCGAUCCUGAGCAGGGAAGGAUUGUUAUUGAUGGGAUUGACAUUACCAGCAUUGGGCUGGAGGACUUGCGUUCCCGUCUGACAAUCAUUCCUCAAGAUGCCGUUCUAUUUUCUGGAACGAUUCGGGAGAAUCUUGUGCGUGAAACGGUUUGGCGAUCUGGACACAUUAACCUAGAUCCGAGAUACCAGGAUCCUUUCAACGAACACUCAGACGAAGAUUGCUUGGGUGCUCUGCGGAGGGUUCAGCUUCGGACAUCGGUGUCGACCAGUUCGGUAGCUGUUUCUUCGGCUGCCAAUACUCGCUCAGGAACUCCCAGCGCCGACGGUGGGCCGACGGAGUCGGCAACAGCAACAAGGGAGUCUGGCGUUAGCACAUUUGUUGAAGGGGGCACAAAGAUCAUUAUCACCUUGGAUACAAAAGUCAGCGAAGGCGGUAAUAACUUUAGCAGUGGACAACGUCAGCUCAUUGCAAUGGCACGAGCUUUGCUUCGACGCAGCACAUUUGUUGUGAUGGACGAGAGUACUGCCUCUGUGGAUUUUGCCACCGAUGUCAGAAUCCAAGAGGCAAUUCGCGAAGAGUUUAAGGACAGCAUACUGAUCACUAUCGCUCAUCGUUUGCGGACAGUUAUUGAUUAUGAUCGCAUUAUGGUCAUAGAAGCAGGUCAAAUUGCCGAAUUCGACAGCCCCAAAAACCUGCUGAAGAAUGGAAAUGGGAUCUUCUACUCAAUGUGUAAGAAGACCGGCGAUUUUGAAGAACUACAAGCAAUAGCGGAAAAGCGAACUAAUUGAUCUGAGUGUUAUGGGAAAUUGUAUAUGAAAGAAUCUGACAGACCUUCAUGCAUUCUUCGUCUCACUGGAUGUAGUGUGACCAGAAGAAUCAUUAUUUUUUCCAUUGCCGCACGGCAGGCGCAUGUUUUAAAUACUGUAGUGCAGCUUUCGCUCUUCCGUUACCUCUUCCAGUUCAAUAGUGAUACAGUGAUACGGCUGAGGUGACGACGUGCACUUAGUUCCCUGCCAUGAUUCUUGAUGACCAGUCAGCAUUAUACUACAGUUAUUCAUUGUACUC